CAGCCGACAGGUGAAAAAAUAACCAAUCAACCGCGUUUGUCGUAUUCUCGAAAGCCAGAAAUCACAACUUUUUGUAUAAAAUACAACCUCCCGUAAGGAUUUUGCCAUAGGUGUUGGUAGCACGGAAGGGCGCGGGUUGCAAAAUGAGGUACAGGGCCGGAGAUGUCUGGCGCCGUGGGUUAGCACUGCUGGUAGUCCUGUUAUCGACCUGCAGUGGAUUAUACGAGGACCAGAUAGGCAAGUUUGAUUGGCGACAACAGUACGUCGGAAAGAUAGUCGAUGGUGCCUUCGAUACCUCAUCAGUUGAUCGGAUCAUUGUUGCGACUGAGAGCAACGUUCUUGCGGCAAUUAGCGCCAAAACUGGUGAUAUUCUCUGGCGCCAGGUGCUUGAAAAUGGUCCCCGUGGCACGAUAAAACUACUGCACGUCACAAGUCCCUCGGCCACUGGGGCGAGAUUGAACAGAGGCAGUACUGGAUAUGAUGUGAUAACCGUCACCGGCAGUAAUCCGGCCCUAGUACGCGGAUGGAAUUCCAAUCUGGGUACGCUCGAAUGGGAAUGGUCGCUGCUGCCAUCGGUCGCGGAAGAGUCUGCAUCGGCAGCAAUUUGGUUUGAGCACGAUGGGCUCCUAUAUCACGUCGUGCCUGUUUGGGGAUCACAUCUUGAAGUGACACCUUAUCAAGCAGUUUCCGGGCAACAAGCACGCUCAACAACAAGCCGCAUUGCAGCUGGUUGGAUUGCAAAAGACCGUUGUACGCUGGCAGGUACAUUUUUCGCUUGCGGAAUCAAGGAACAGAUACUUGCGUUGGAUCUUUCCGCGGAUGCUAGCAGCACGGUCGUUUCGAAGCCACUUGGAGCCGAAGCUAUUGGACGUCCCCGAGCAGUACGUGGAGAACCGGCUAUCAUCCAAAACGGACGGUACUUCUCGUUGCGCUCAGAUCAAAAACUUGCCUUUGGGUCACGCGAUGCCGCACUGGUAGAUCGUAUGGUGCAGGAAGGUGAACCGAUUCUUUUCCAAGGUAUUACCGAUCGGGCAACCAACAGGCUUACGAUCAAUGCACAUCGGUUGCGUGAUUUUGUGCGCUUUGAACCGAUCGAAUUCAGCACGGAAUUUAGUGAAACGUUGGGCGAACCAGAGUUGGUGGCGAUUCGUUGCAAACAAUCGUCCGGUGGUGGUUCGUCGAGGGUCGCAGCUGGACUUGUGUGUCGCAUACUACUGUCGACCGAAGAUGGUGCCAUCGUGCUGGUGCAGCAAGGGAAAAUUAAAUGGGUGCGUGAGGAAGCACUGGCCGAGGUGGAAACGGCCGAAUUCCUUGACCUGACGCUUUCUGAUGCCGAGGGCGCGAUUGAAGAGGAGCUGAAUAACAAAAAUGGGGAUGUCUUUGGAGCGUUCCAGCGUCGCAUCACGGCCCAGUUGUCACACGUGAAAAAUUUAAUCCUACACAUCCUAGGCGUUGGACCGGCCCCAUCAAAAGCCCAACGAGCUGGACUAGUAAGAGAUGACUUUGGCCUGCACAAGAUGCUAAUAGUGGUCACAUCCAGCGGGAAGAUAUUUGGAAUCGAUAAUGUAUCGGGCAAACAUCACUGGAUUCGCUAUCUGCCCACCUUUACCGGAUUCGGCAAUAAACAGCCAAUGAAACUGUUAGUUCAACGUACGUCCCGCUUCUACCCAUUGCCGGCCCAAUGCGUCAUACUUGGGCGGGAAAAGAGCGACACGAAAAAGGCACUCCUGUACGUGUUUAAUCCCAUCACGGGCCAACCGGUUGCCGGUGGUGGUUUAAUCGAGUUGCCAUACCGCGUACAGCAGGUCGCUUUGUUGCAUCAAACGGGUGCCGAUUUUCUAAAAGGCAUCCUGCUGCUAGACUACGACAACAAUGCACACGUGGUGCCAGAAUCGUUAGCAGUGCAUGCACACAACUUCUAUCUCUUCACCACCGACCAGCGGAUGGCACAGAUGCGUGGCUUUCUGGUGCAGUACCGUGCCGGGAAGCUGAAAACCAUUCCGACCUGGCAGAUCGAUCUGAGUGGAGCAAGCAAAAGCCAGCAAAUUAUUGCAUGCGAAGGCAAAAGUCCUAUCGAACAUGUGCACUCGCAGGGUCGCGUCAUGGCCGACCGUUCAGUACUGUACAAAUACAUUAAUCCGAAUCUGGUGGCCGUUGCUACGAACGGACCGGAUAACAUUCAUAAAUACAUUUUAAACAUACAUCUGGUGGACGUUGUGUCCGGUUCGAUUGUGUUUUCAAUGUCGCAUAAGCGAAUUCGUCCACCGCUCCACAUGGUGCACUCGGAAAACUGGUUAGUUUAUUCGUACUACAACGAUAAAGCACGUCGAACGGAGAUCACCUCGAUCGAACUGUACGAAGGUAAAACGCAAACAAACAGCACCGUCUGGAGUUCGCUCGAUGCACCGCCGCUUCCGAUGGUGGAACGGCAAUCUUACAUCCUACCGAUGGCGGUUGCUGCACUGAAGGAAACCAUCACCGAGAAAGGCAUCACCAGCAAACACAUUUUGAUCGGGCUGACGACCGGGGCCGUGGCUGAAAUGUCCUGGGCACUGUUGGAUCCACGCCGACCGGUCACCUCACCCGAGAAGGCACGCGAAGAGGGCAUCGUACCGUACAUGCCGGAACUUCCGCUACCGCACGAGAUCCUGAUCAACUACAACCAGACGGUGGCACACAUUCGCGACAUACAUACAGCACCGUCCGGUUUGGAGAGCACCUGUCUGGUACUGGUGCACGGGCUAGAUCUGUUCGUUACACGCGUUUCACCUUCGAAAACGUUCGACCUGCUGAAGGAAGAUUUUGACUAUUUCCUCAUCACGGUUGUGCUUGUUGUGCUAACCACCACAUCCUUCGUCGUGAAGCAGCUCGCAUCGAAAAAGCUCAUCAAGCAGGCGUGGAAGUGAUCACAACGAGCAAUUGCGUAUUUUGUGUGUAUGUGUGCGCGCGUGUGUAUGUUUGCCAAUGGUGUGAUGGUGGUGUGUGGUGCACACCAUUCGUUCAUAUUGUACAGCCAAAAAGACAUUUAAAUGCAUUUUCACUCCCCCGAGUUUUGUUGAUACAACGGAACCUCUUUUCCUUUGCGUAAGCUAGCGGUGUAAUGUUGUUGCGGGCAACAUGUUGCUGGUAAAAUGAAUGGAUUCGACAGCUCUACUCCAACAGUUACGAGUUGCCGGUUACGAUCCCCGUCACUUUUUCACUGAUAAAAUGUGAUUAAUAUUACAAAAGAUUAGUGAGAGAACUUUAAACACUGAGCAAAUAUGGCUAUUUAUGACGGUGGUACCGUUAUGACCAUAAGCAACGAUAUUUGUUGUCAAAAUUUCAAUGUCCCCAGCAAUAUUCCUAGGCCACCACAUGUUGCCCGUAACAAAAAUUGACCGAUUGGUUCUUCACCGGUCUUAGUUGCAUUUACAAUUGGGAUAUGUACUGUUUGACGACGUUUGUAUCCGCUUGACGGGUGUACUUGAAUAGAAAUGAUCCCCAUUUGCCUGUUAUAUCGUUUACCCACAAUUGGUAUUUGGUAACUAUUUUAUUUUUGUUUUCCUCUAUUGCACUAUGUAGGUUGAUUAUCAUAAAAUGAGUUUUAAAUUGUGGCAACAAUCGGCAGCUGGGCGUGUAUUUGAAUUACUUUAUCUUAUGUUUCUUCUGUAGUUUUAUUGUCUAGGCCAAAAUAAAGAAACGGCCAUGCAUCUUCCGCCUAAAGUGAGGACUGCGUAAGUUUUGCUGGUAGUUUCAU